AUGGGAGGCGCGGUUAGUUCUGGCCAAGACAAUGAUGAACUGAUAGAUAACCUAAAAGAUGCCGGAUAUAUCAAGACGACCGAUGUUGAGCGGGUGUUUCGGAUUGUGGAUCGAGCCCACUAUUACCUGGCCGAGUCCAGAGAGAGUGCAUACAAAGACCUGGCAUGGAAGAGUGGUACACUACACCUGUCAGCUCCUUGUAUCUAUUCGGAGGUGAUGGAAGCUUUAGAACUGACCAAGGGAUUGUCAUUUCUUAAUUUGGGAAGUGGCACUGGAUACCUCAACACAAUGGUUGGUUUCAUGAUUGGUCCGUUUGGAGUCAACCAUGGCAUAGAACUUCACUCAGACAAUGUGGCCUAUGCUAACAAGAAACUGGAGAGUUUUAUUCAGACCAGUAAAAAGUUUGAUGACCUGGAACUGUGUGAGCCACAGUUUGUGGUUGGGAACUGUCUCAACCUGGCACCUGAGAACCGCCUGUAUGACAGGGUUUACUGCGGAGCUUCCUGUCCUCCAGAACAGAGGGAGACCAUUCAGAACAUGAUCAAAGUCAACGGGAUACUGGUUAUACCUAUUGGCGAUCAGUUGCUGAAGAUCAAGAGAAUUGCUGAGACUGAGUUCAUUUCUGAAAAUGUGCUACCGGUCUCAUUUGCUUCCCUGAUCGUGCCAUUUCCGUCAGAGACCAAUCACAGCCUGAUUGUCCUGCCUGACGUCAACCCCAUGUCUCUGCAAUGCCUGUGUCGUGUUAUCAUCCGGGAUGCUAUCAGGAACACCUUUGACUUCAACCUGCCAGAGGCCAGUGAGCCGGGAAACAAGGUGAAGCACAUCAAGACAACCAAGUAUUUCCGCUCCGACGCUGGCAGACACCCUCUGAAUAUCCUUCCCACGGCACAAGGCUUGAUGCUUUUGGCAGCCUUUGAUAGCAGCGAUGAAGGGGAAGAUGAUGGCAGUGAAAACAGCAGAGGCUCCGGAAUACACAGCAUCCUCGACCUCAACCGUCAUCUGCGCCGACAUGUCACCGAGCUUCGUUCUAGAGACAGGUCCUCAAAGAAUACAACUAAUGAUGUGGAUUCUGACCUGUCGGAUAUGGAGGAUGAGGGUGUCCAUGUUGCAGACUCUAAAGAUAUCAAUGGGAAUAAAAACUCCAGCGUGGUGUCGAGCAACAGUGAGAAUGGAGAUCACCAAGAUGGGGACAUGGAUGUUGUGGAAGAGAACCAGCGGGCCACCAGGGAAUCCUCCGCAGCGGAACACAAACGUGUGGAGAGAAAUGGAAACUACAGGAGAUCUAAUGGUGGAGACCCUGAUGCAGGAAGCGGUGUAGUUGGAGGUACUUUUGCUUGCACUAGCAGUAAUCCUUAUGAGAAUAUAGCAGAGAGGAUUCUCACGAUUAUGUCCCCUAGCAGAAGAGACGACUCUACAGUUCCAGCAGUAGUGGGCAGCGAUUCUACAGCCACUGAAGCGGCAUCAUGUCAAGUGGGACAUAACGAUGUCCUGCCAUCCGAGUAUAACGCCCGCUCGCCAGCAAUCCAGGUGACUCCAUCAUCAGGUGUGCCAGUGCCUCGAGGCAUCAGGGAAUCUUACAGCACCAGCGCUGACACCUCCGGCUUUGGCUCAUUGGUCGAUGAUGCUAUUCAUACCAGCUCCCAGCUGUCAGGACUUGGCUCCCUGAAAGAUGACAUGGAGAUCACAGGGGAGGACUUCCUGCCUGUGUCCUCAUCACCAGCUCCAAACAACAAGAGAAGUCCUAGGUCCAAGUCUUCCUUCGGGGAAUCUAGUGUCGACUAUGACAGCCUGACAGCUGACAGCAACGAUGCCACAUGGAUAGAUACCGAGGAUGAAGACGAUGAACACGAGGGAGGAUCCAAAGUCAAGAAGAGCAAAAACAUUGAUGAUCAUAAAUGUGGUGGUCAGAAAGAAAGAAGUGGUGACGACAGUGAAGCUGGUGAUCAGUCAAAGUCUUCACCACGGGGACCAGAUUUUUCUGCAUUUUUAAGAGAGAAAGUUGAAAGUCUGCCAAUCCCCAGUUCUUUGAAAGCCUUUCUUCUUUACUACAGGCAGACUGAUGAGGAAAGUAGUUGA